CAGGACGUACCUCGCGCGAUCGAAUUCCUCGAGGCGGUCGAGGAGAUCAAGGACCUACCUACCGACGGUUGUAGCCCGGGCGAGCUGCAGGAAGCUCAGCUUGUCGGUCUUGUCGGCGAUAUAUUCAUGUCAUUCAUGGAUGCGUUUGUUCGCCCCGACUGGUCCCUCUCGCAGCAGCUGGUCUCGCUUAGCAAGUUCGCUCAUGCAGCGUUCGCGCUCUUCCGCAUUCACGGGGUCAAUUUUAUGCCGAAUCAGCUGUAUAGUGAUAUGCAGAUGACGGUCAAGAACGCAUUCUUCUGCAUCGCAAAGCAGCAGGAGUUGGACGGAUCACAGCCCUUUUACCUGUUCCUUCUUGGCGACGAUCGACUCGAAAAUCUCUUUGGACGGGUGCGGAUGCAGGGAGGACACAGUCCCAACUUCUCCUUCAAGCAACUAGUAGAUCGUCUUGCAGCAGCCAUGGAUCUCGACGCAAUCUUCACCCGACACCCUUCCCUUGACCCUGGGUUCCGUCGCCUCAAGAUUACUCGUACGGAACACCUGGAUCAUCUGAAUCCGGAGUCUUGGAGAGGAGAUGCUGUCGCAGACCAGGUCAGUCUUGACAAUGCAUGGCGUGAAGGCCAG